GAGUGCCGGAGCGAGCGGCUGAACCAUGGAGCGGGGCGGCCCCCCCGCGCCCGCCGCCGGCGAGCGGGCCCCCGGCGGCGCUGCGCUGCGCGGGCACCCGGCCGGCGGCUGCGGGCCCUGGGAGAUGCGGGACCGCCUGGGCACCGGCGGCUUCGGCAACGUGUGCCUGUACCAGCACCAGGACUCUGGCGACCGCGUGGCCAUCAAAUCGUGCCGGCUGGAGCUCAGCGUCAAGAACAAGGACCGCUGGUGUCAUGAGAUCGACAUCAUGAAGAAGCUGAACCAUCCCAACGUGGUCAGAGCCUGUGAGGUUCCUGAGGAGAUGAAUUUCCUGGUUAACGACGUCCCUCUCCUGGCCAUGGAGUAUUGCUCGGGGGGUGACCUCCGCAAGCUGCUGAACAAACCAGAAAACUGCUGUGGGCUGAAGGAAAGUCAGAUCCUUUCUCUGCUUAGUGACAUUGGGUCUGGUAUCCAGUAUUUGCAUGAGAACAGAAUUAUACACAGAGAUUUAAAGCCUGAAAAUAUUGUUCUUCAGGAUGAAGGUGGGAAGAUUGUUCACAAAAUAAUAGACCUGGGAUAUGCAAAGGAUCUGGAUCAAGGAAGUUUAUGCACUUCAUUUGUUGGAACAUUGCAAUAUCUGGCUCCAGAACUCUUUGAGAACAAAUCCUACUCGGUUACUGUUGAUUACUGGAGCUUUGGGACAAUGGUGUUUGAAUGCAUCGCAGGAUUUAGACCUUUCUUACAUAAUCUACAGCCAUUUGCCUGGCAUGAAAAAAUCAAGAAGAAGGACCCAAAGCACAUCUUUGCCUCUGAGGAGAUGAACGGGGAGGUUCGCUUCAGCACCCACCUGCCGCAGCCUCACAGCCUCUGCAGUUUGAUUGUAGAACCCAUGGAGAACUGGUUGCAGCUGAUGCUGAAUUGGGAUCCACAGCAGAGGGGUGGAGGUUCAGAUCCUGAGACCAGUCGUCCAAGGUGUUUCCUAAUAAUGGAUCACAUACUGAAUCUGAAGAUAGUACACAUCCUAAACAUGACCUCUGCCAAGAUUGUGUCUUUCCUUUUGCAUCCUGAGGAAAGCCUUCAUUCCCUUCAGAAUCGCAUUGAGUUUGAAACUGGAAUAAGCACUGGAAAUCAGGAGCUGCUGUUGGAAACAGGGAUUUGCCUGGACCCUCGGAAACCUGCUUCCCAGUGUGUUAUUGAUGGCGUGAGAGGCUGGGACAGCUACAUGGUCUAUUUGUUUGAUAAAAGCAAAACUGUCUAUGAUGGCCCCUUUGCUUCUCGGAGUCUGUCUGACUGUGUCAACUACAUUGUCCAGGACAGCAAAAUCCAGCUGCCGAUCCCUCAGCUGCGCAAGGUGUGGGCAGAAGCGGUUCACUACGUCAUUGGGCUGAAGGAGGAUUACAGCAGGCUUUUCCAGGGACAGAGAGCUGCCAUGCUCAGCCUCCUUCGGUAUAAUGCCAACCUGAUCAAAAUGAAGAACAACAUGGUGUCAGCGUCCCAGCAGCUGAAAGCAAAGCUGGAGUUCUUCCACCAGAGCAUUCGCCUUGACCUGGAGAGAUACAGUGACCAGAUGGCUUAUGGCAUAUCUUCAGAGAAGAUGCUCAAAGCCUGGAAGGAAAUGGAAGAGAAAGCCUCUCAGUGUGCACAGGCUGAAGAUAUUGGCUACCUGGAUGAGCAGAUCAUGGCUCUGCACACCGAAAUCGUGGAGCUGCAGAAGAGUCCGUAUGCAAGGCGCCAAGGAGAGGUCAUGGAGAGUUUGGAACAGAGAGCCAUAGACCUGUACAAGCAAUUGAAAACACGACCUCCAGAUCAUGCCUACAGUGACAGCACAGACAUGGUGAAGAUCAUUGUGCAGACAGUACAGAGCCAGGACCGAGUCCUCAAGGAGCUCUUUGGACACCUCAGCAAGCUCUUGGGCUGCAAGCAGAAGAUCAUUGACCUGCUCCCUGAGAUUGAAGUGGCUCUAAAUAACAUCAAGGAAGCUGACAACUCAGUGAUGCAGAUGCAGGGAAAAAGACAAAGGGAAAUAUGGCAUUUGCUGAAAAUUGCUUGUACUCAGAGCUCCUCUCGAUCGUUGGUCAGCUCUAGCCUGGAAGGAACAGCCUCAACUCCAGCAGCCACGUGGCUCCCCCAGAGCUCCUCAGGGAAUUCAGCUCCUCACCCUCUGUCCUCACUGGCAGCUCCUGAAGAUGGGGAAAAUUUUGCUGACAUGAUCCGGGAGAAUGUGAAUUACCUCGAGCUCUUCAGCAGCAUUCUGCAGGAGGUCAGGCAGGAGCAGAACAGCAUCAUGAGUUUCGACUGGAGCUGGCUGAAGUAGCCCCAGGAGCCGAGGUGCUGCAUCACCCAAGUGCCUUCUGUGUGCUGAGCGUGGGUUCGGCCGCCUUCCCUGUGGGACACUGCGGUGUUCUGUUGACAUCACCAUGUCCCCACACCGGCUGUCCCCUCAGGGAGUGGCCUGGGCCCGGCCCGUGGAGCCUCCUCAGGGACAGGGGGUGCGGGCAGGGCCCGCCGCUGCUGUGAGCCCCAUGAAUGUAUAGUGCGUGUAUAUAUAAUAAAGUCUAUGGUGAGACACACACACA